UUGGAUUUGGCUCCUUCAUUUCCAACAUGGAAGAAACUUACAUCGAUACCCUGGACCCUGAAAAGCUGUUACAAUGCCCCUAUGAUAAAAACCACCAGAUCAGGGCCUGCAGGUUUCCUUAUCAUCUUAUCAAGUGCAGAAAGAAUCAUCCUGACAUCGCAAACAAACUGGCUACUUGUCCCUUCAAUGCUCGCCAUCAGGUUCCUCGGGCUGAAAUCAGUCAUCAUAUCUCAAGCUGUGAUGACAAAAGCUGUAUUGAGCAGGAUGUAGUCAGCCAAACCAGGAACCUUGGACAAGAGGCUCUGGCUGAGAGCACAUGGCAGUGCCCUCCUUGCGAUGAAGACUGGGAUAAAGAUUUGUGGGAACAGACCAGCACCCCAUUUGUCUGGGGCGAAGCCAACUACUGUGGCAACAACAGCCCCGCAAGCAACAUAGUUAUGGAACAUAAGAGUAACCUGGCUUCAGGCAUGCGUGUUCCCAAGUCUCUGCCAUAUGUUCUGCCAUGGAAAAACAAUGGAAAUGCACAGUAACUGAGUAUCUAACUCAAAUGCCAGACCCUAGAAGACUCUUUGCUUCUUCCUGCUACAGUGGGUUCUUCAUUUUUUUCUCCUAAUCUAAUUAUAGAAAGAUAAAUUGUUUGUGACUU